AUGGCAGUGGACGUCCCACCAGAAACAACAGUCAACGACCCACCUCAGGCAACAGUCAACGAUCCUGCAUCUCCUCAAACUAAAGCAGACACAGACACAGACACAGACCCAGACACAUCAGAUGAAGAUGUCAAUCCUGAAAGUCAAAUCAUGAGUGAGGAUGAUGGCUCAAUGAAAUCCACUUCGAGUAGUGAAGACCGGCCGUUUAAAUAUCACUGCAACAAUUGUGAUUUAUAUUUUAAAUUCAAUUGCUGGUUUCAGAGUUAUAUGUCCACUCAUCGUCCAGGCACAUUUGCCUGUAAAUAUUGUCCAAAAUUUUAUAAGAGGAAAGAUAUUCUACGUGAACACGAAAUGCUGCAUACCGGUGGUAGAAAACAUGAAUGCAAAGAGUGUGCCAAAGUUUUUUCUGAUAAGAGGAAUUUAAAUACACAUGUUAAGUUGAUACAUAAAAAUUCUUUAAUUAAAUGCUCACAAUGUGAUAAACAUUAUUCUGGGGAACGGCAAUUAAGGUAUCACAAUAACAGAAUGCAUUCCUUAAAGACCCCUUACAAUUGCAACAAGUGUAAUGCAGCAUUUCCUGUUCCUUGUAUGCUUUCCAAUCAUCGUGCUAAAAUGGAUCACCAUGACAAAUGA